AUGUCUAAUCGUUUGCCAUUAACCACAUUAUCAAAAUCCCAAAUUAACUCUAUUAUUCAUUCACCAUCAAAAUGCAACAAUAAUAGUAAUAAUACCACCAAUAUAUCCCCUACUAAUAAUCCUAUUACUACUAGCCGUAGUAUUUGCAGUAGUACAAACACAGCUAUCACAGCUAGUGUUACGUCCACUGUUAUUGAUAAUGAUAAUGCUGAAAGGACGAGCAGUACAAAAAGAAACCAAUUUUCAGGACUGGAUACAUCUCCUUCAAAAUCUGUUCUUCAUAAGGGUAAUGCCAAGAAAAAACUGUCAUUAAAUUCAACAACAAACAUUCAUAAAAAUAGUAUUAAUUCAACCGCAUCUGAUUCUCCUUAUAGCAAUUCAUAUCAUCGUACCACUGGCAAUACAAUUAUCUUACCUGCUUUAAAAAAAAGACUUUUAAGAACAGAAUUAGAUAAAUCCAACAAUGUACUAGAUAGUUUCACGGGAACCAAGCCUGCUUCUAGAUCUAAUAAAAAUACUAUAUACAAAAAAUUAGGACAAAAGAAUACUACCUCUACCUUUCGUGCGAAAUUGAUUUGUGAAAAAUUAAAAGUUAGAUUAAAAAUUGCAUUGUUUAAACACCAGAACAACAUUAAAUCUAUCAAACCUUUACUGCUAGAAAAUGACUUGUAUAAAAAUAGCAAGAGAAAUCCAAAUAAUAUUACCCCACAAAAGAAAUUAAUAGGUAACACAGAAAAGAGCGAUAAUAGUUCAAUAGUUCUCAUUCCAAGCACUUCUGCUCAUACAACCACUACUACAAAUAAUAACAACAAUAAAGCUACUCCUGUCAGUGUCAAGGCAGCCAAAUCGUUGUUGAGUUUGUAUGAAUCAGCAUAUCAUUGA